CUAGAAAAGAAACCGCCCAUAGCAGACCCCACAGUGUUAUGUCGGGCAAAACUUCAUCAUCCGAUGUUUGGUCGUCAAACAAUGAUUCCGUUUCUCUGUAUAUCAGUAAACCUGGAUUGGCUAAACUUACAACUGUUCCAAAUCAUUACGGACUUUCUAGAUCACUGACAUGCAAUUCAAAAGAUUGUUGUCAUUGGGGAAGUACUACAGUGACAGAACAACUGAGAGAAAAAUAUCAUCAGAGAAAACUGAAGAAAAGAGAUCAACCAGGAUCAGAACGACAGAGAUCCAAAGGCGGAGUUUUCACACCUCUGGAAGACGAGAAGGAGACAAAACAGAUUGAAGUACCGGGGCAGGCUAUAAAACGUUUCCGAACGGCUGUGAUUGUAGUUAAACUUGUAAUAAGAUGGUUUGAGGCGAUUACAGAAAACAGCUAUACAAAGACACCACGAACGGCAGCAGAACACCAAUAUUAUACUUUAUAUACAAGUUUGGAGGCUCAAAAACUAGCAUUUAACAAGAACUUGUUUGUUCGUGAACAAGCGUUUGCGCGAGUACCAAAAUGGGCGUCACACAUCCUAGGAACAGAACCACAGGAGAGGUCAGAUAGUGAUUGUCGACGUAUCCAUGCUUUGCUUCGUGGAUUAAAGAGCUUCGACAAAUUCACAGAACAAAUUCAACUGUCGAUGUGCAAGAGCUUCAGCUACCAAAGGGUAAAAUCCGGUCGAGUGAUACUUCGCCGAGGACAUGUCGGGUUUAAUUAUUACUUUAUCUAUUCUGGAUCUGUGUUUGUCAACAUAGAAGACGUAAACAUAGAUGGAAAUAAGUUUGACAGGACAGUAUCGGUUCUUGUCAGAGGAGAUGCUUUUGGUGAACUGGCUCUGUUGCAGAAUAUAAGGAGAACAGCAUCAAUAACAUGUCGGGAAAACUGUGAAUUGCUGUAUGUUGACAAGGAAACAUUUGCCAAAGUUUGUCCGCAAAUAUUUGAAAAAGAAAUGGAAGAAAAAGAACAAUUUCUGAUGAGUUUACGUGUAUUUAGGAACGAAAUUUGGAAUAAGGAAAUGUUAAAAGGACUGUGUGCUGAUGCUCAGAUCCAACAAUACAAAACCAACAAAGUGGUAUCAAUAGACAGUGAAGAUGAGGAAUGGAUUUACAUCUGUAUGGAGGGUAAAUGUUCAGUAAUUAGACGAUUGGAGUUAGAUAAGACACAUCAUCACAGAAAGAAGGAAAGACAUUCAACACCAGUUUUGUCAGAUGAAAUUAUAAAUAUUAUAACCAAUAUCAAUAAAAUCAACGAAGACGAAGAAGAAGAGGAAGAAGAGGAGGACUCAUCUGAUGAAGAGGCAACAAAAGAAAGAAUGUUAGAAUCAAUGGCAUUAGACUACAGGCGUGAUGGAAAGCGUAAAAAAAUGGAAGAAAAAGCUGACGACAAUAAAGAAGUAGAAAAGAAGAAGUUGAUGUCCUUGACAGGUCCUACAACUCUGACAUCAUUAAUGACACAAGAUAAGAAAAGCAAGGAUGGAAAGGAUUAUAUUUAUGUUCAUAUAGGUGAACUAAAGAAAAAAGAAAUAUUUAACUUUUACGCUAUUUUAUAUCCAUCGAGAGCCCCUCCUCACAGCUCGGUGAUUUUAGUCAGCACCGGCUCAACGUUAAUGCGGAUUAGGAGAAAAGUGUUCUUUAAAAUUGCCACAAGAGAAGCUAAAGCGUUAGCCAACAAUGUUGCAAAACUUGAAAGAUUUGUGACUGACGAACAGCUACUUGAAGCAUAUAAAGAGAUGGCCAGCUGGGAUGAAUUCAAGUAUCGAGUUGUACAAGAAUCUGUUGGUCCAAACAAAGAAAACUUGAGAAAGAAGUUAACCCAUCAUCAAAUACGUUUAGUUCAUGAUCGACGGGAAAGGUCACACAAAUUGUUAAAGACACUAGAGAAAAAUAACAAAAUCGCUAAAAAGAUUGAAGAAACAGAAGAUAGCGAAGAAAGAGAAAAAAGAAACAAAAUGUUGGAAAAUUUGAGACUAAAACAGAAGUCUGUGAGUGAACAACAGUUCCAACUGUGUAAAAUUGUAAGGAAGGAUAGAAACGACACUGUAAUAGGGAGACGCACAGUGACGUCAUCGAUGACAUCAGCACAACCGGUUAAUCCAGUGUUACAAGAAAUCCGUGACGUUCGUGAUGCACCUACAUUAGAUUGUUUACCGAAAAGGAGAAUGUCAAGGAGAUAUUCACAAACAACAUCUUUAGGUGCAUGUUUACCGCUUCCAUCCGACAAACCAAUACCAAGCAACUUAGCAUUAGACUAUAAAUGACAAAACUUCUCACAAAUAAACACACACAUUCAGAUUUAUUAAGUUUCAAUACCAACUGCAGAUAGUAUUUCAUAUGUUAAACAAAUUCAAUGAUUUGACAGUUGAUUCAAUGUUAAUGUUAAUAUGUUCAUAGUAUUUUUAAUAUCUGUAACAAACUGUGUGUAAGUUAUCUGAAAUAAAUGUCCACUACGUUUCGUGCAAGAUUACUUCAUCUGAUCUAGCAUUUUCAAGCCUUUGCGUUUUUCGUUUCUCAUAAUAUUGGCUUUUUCUCUUAUAUUCGUUCACUUGUUCUCUCUUUUUCCGUUUGAAGAAUCCAACCU